CCCCCCCCGUCAGUUGGUGCUCGGGGAGGGGGUUCAGCUUCAACCUUCCCCCCUCCCACCUCUCCAUCACCCAUCUUCCCUCCCUCCCUGCCACCACCUCCUCCCCGCUACCCCUCACCCUGCUCGCCAGCAGAAGACUUUAUCUCGCUCUCUCUCUUCUCUCAACGCCGAAGGAACUAAUUAAUGUGAGCGGCUGGACUAGCGAGGCGACGGAUGGAAGAAUGUUUUGAAGAAGGGGGGGAGCCGUUCUCUCCUGUCUGAUCCUAUCUGCCACCCCCCAUCUCUCCCCCCUGUGUGUGUGCGAGAGGGUGAGCCGCUGGAGAAGGCUCGGGAAGAAGCUGCAACACUUUGAUAGUGACCAUGACGCGCUGGGCUGCACCGCCGUCUCGGGGAAUUCUGUGGAGGAUUCUGUGGCUCUCCUGCAGUUUGCAAAACUGUUUCUGGGUCUUAGGCUGUCCGGGAAACUGUAAGUGUAAGAUCAGCCAGAUUUACUGCAACCAACCUGACAAUGUCACCAUCUUCCCCGUCUUGGACCUGCAAGAGAUGGCGAACGUCACCGAGAUCCACAUUGAGAAUCAGAAAAGCCUACAGACUUUGAAUGCGUUGGACAUGGAACCUUACAUUGGACUGCAGAAUUUGACCAUCAUAAAUUCUGGAUUACGGUCGAUUGCACCAAGAGCCUUUGCCAAAAACCCUCACCUUCACUACAUUAAUCUCUCGGGCAAUCGCCUCAUCAGCUUGUCUUGGCAGCCAUUCAGGACUCUUCGACUCUCGCAGCUGGUUUUGGUGAGGAACUUGUUCAACUGCAGCUGUGACAUCCGCUGGAUCCAGCUGUGGCAGGAUGCGGGUGAAGCACAGCUGGGGCAUCAGCUGCUCUACUGCCGGAUGGAGGCGACUACCAUCCUCCUCUCCCACAUGAACGUCACGCAGUGCGAGUUGCCAGAAAUCAGCGUGAGUCACAGUAACUUAUCGGUGAAGGCUGGAGAGGAUGCGGUGGUGACUUGUAACGGAUCAGGUUCUCCUCUCCCUGAUGUGGAUUGGAAUGUCACGCACGUCCACUCCAUUGGUAUCCACCAGACCAACAACAACCUGACCACGGUCUCAGCUGUGAACCUGACCCUAUUUAACAUCGACCCAGAGGACAACGGCAAGCUGCUGACAUGCAUCGCGGAGAACGUGGUGGGGAUGACGAACGCCUCGGUGCUCCUGCACGUUCACUAUGCUCCUGAUAUUGUGGAGCUGACAGAGCCCGAACAGCGACACAUGCACUGCAUUCAGUUCACCGUCUAUGGGAACCCCCUGCCCACCAUUCACUGGCAGCACCAGGGCCGCAAGCUGAACGAGACGGACUACAUCAAGACCAACGUGUACGAGGACACCAAGGACUGGCUGCAUGGCUGCCUGCUCUUCGACAAGCCCACGCACUACAACAAUGGCAACUACACACUGGUGGCUGAGAACGAGCUGGGCAUCGACACGGACACCGUCUAUGCUCACUUCCUGGGCGUGCCCUUCCCCGAAAUUCUGGAGAAUCCCUUUUAUGUGCCAUCGUUUGAGGUGACGACAGGUCCUCCUGUCAGUGUGACACACAAGCCUGAGGGAGAUAAGUUUGCCGUCUCCAUCGCCGUUGGACUGGCUGUCUUUGGCUGCUUCCUCCUGCUCAUCCUCUUCAUCAUGUUCAACAAAUAUGGACGCAGAUCCAAGUAUGGAAUGAAGGGCCCAGUGGCUGUGAUGAGCGGCGAGGAAGAUUCCGGAAGCCCCCUCCACCACAUCAACCACGGGAUAAUCACGCCCUCGUCUAUGGACAUUGGACCUGACGCCGUGGUGAUCGGGAUGACCCGCAUCCCAGUGAUUGAAAACCCCCAGUAUUUCCGACAGACCCACAGCCUGGGCAAGCACCCGGAGACAUAUGUACAGCACAUCAAGCGAAGGGACAUCGUUCUGAAGCGAGAGCUGGGCGAAGGAGCGUUUGGGAAGGUUUUCCUGGCUGAGUGUUACAAUCUGAGCCCAACCAAGGACAACAUGCUGGUGGCCGUAAAGACAUUGAAGGACGCCACUGUGUCAGCGCGGAAAGACUUUCAGCGGGAGGCCGAGCUGCUCACCAACCUGCGGCACGAACACAUCGUGAAGUUUUACGGAGUGUGUGUGGACGGUGACCCUCUCAUCAUGGUCUUCGAAUACAUGAAGAACGGAGACUUGAACAAGUUCCUGAGGGCCCGCGGUCCGGACGCCAUGAUUCUGGUGGACGGACAGCCACGGAUGAAGGGGGAGAUGACCAUUGCCCAGAUGUUGAACAUCGCCACGCAGAUCGCCUCGGGCAUGGUGUACCUGGGCUCACAACACUUUGUACACAGGGACCUGGCCACUCGCAACUGCCUGGUCGGAGGGACCGUGCAGGUCAAGAUCGGAGACUUUGGAAUGUCAAGAGAUGUCUACAGUACCGACUAUUACAGGGUGGGUGGUCACACCAUGCUUCCCAUCCGCUGGAUGCCUCCUGAGAGCAUCAUGUAUCGCAAGUUCACCACUGAGAGCGACGUGUGGAGCUUCGGAGUCAUCCUGUGGGAGAUCUUCACCUACGGCAAACAGCCCUGGUUCCAGCUUUCCAAUAAUGAGGUGAUUGAAUGCAUCACGCAGGGACGCGUACUGGAAAGGCCGAGGGUUUGUCCCAAGGAGGUCUAUGACAUCAUGCUGAGGUGCUGGCAGAGGGAACCCCAGCAGAGGUUAAGCAUCAAAGACAUUCAUCAGAUCCUGCAAGCUCUGGGCAAGACCUCGCCCAUCUACCUGGAUAUUCUAGGGUAGUGGACCAAGUGUCUCGGCCCCUCCUGAAUGUACCUAAUCCCAACAGUAAACUACGGCUUCAUUUGGGAAAUUCAAAAAGUGAAGUGCCUGCUGUAUAUAAAAUGUACAGUUGUUUCUGAGGCGAUUUUCCUGGUACCUGCACACAGAAGGUUGCUGCAAGGAAGAGGAGUUUGGGUUCCAAACAGCAUCGCUCCAGACCUGUGAAACCUUGGCACACCUCGCCCCCCCCACCCCCCCCUGUCAAUGUGCUCAAGGCCUGUGCAAAGUCCACCAACCCAUUGAGUUCACCCAACCACCAAGCUCGGCCCACAGGAGUGUUUGAACUGGGCACGCGGCCUGAUGUUACUCAACAUCAACUCCCUCUUUGUUCUCAUGCUUCAUCUGGUGAGCAGGUCUGGUGUGCAGCUCGUCUCCCGUCGGAAGUGGGGUGGGGGGGGGGGGGGUACGAAUUCGGAUCUGGAAGGAAUUAGCCUCAACAGGCAUUUGGGCGAUCAUUCCGAGUUCUCUUCCAAAGGAUCAACAGUGUUUGGAACUCCUUAAACGUUUCGGAGGGCAAUCGUACGAUCGGAAAGAAGGUUUCCACAAACCAGAGAGAGUGCAGCAGGAUUGCUACCCAACAAUUCCUUGGGAUACUGAGCUACAAGUGUCUGAGGCAGGUGCCACAGUGGUUGCAUAUGUCGACAAAUUGCUUGGUGUAGAUUGAACCGCCUACUGUUCUGGCCAGUUCUAUGUACCUUUUGUCAACCAAUUGUUACUUUAAAGUUAUUGUUAUCAAUCCCAGUUGUACGCUACAGUUAUGAUGCUUUAAACAGCUCAGUGCAUUAUCCAUCUGUAUAUUUAUACGCAAAUGUUUUCACUUUAUUUUGAUUUCUAAGCUAUAAAACGCAGCAGAGUUCUUUUUUUUAAAGAAGUGAACUCCGCGUUGAUAUUGUGAAUAGGUCACACCUUUGACUUCCUGUAUGACAGGUCAAUGAGUGGUGAGUUACAGACAUUCCCUGCUUCAGGAGAGGGCCAUUCAGUUGCAACUGUUAUCCUUCAAGUUGCCGGUGAAGAGCCUGCAGAUGUAUAUUUGAUAUACAUUGGAAGUUCUUCCUGCAGAGCCUGUGAUGAUCCUGAAGUAAUGGUCGAUGGAUGAGGGCAGACGGAGACUGGCUUGCCUGGUAGACUGGAGCCCAUCACCCAACACCGUGAUCGACAACCACCUUUGAAUCAUGUGGUCCUCGGAGGAGGAAGGAAGCAGCUCCAUGGAGUAACGGGGAUGUUUUAUGAUCCACCCAAAUGGCUGUUCAUGGUGCAGUCAGAUGUCCUCGGGUUAGAUCACACAAAUCUCUCACUGAGAAUGGAAGCAAGAAGUCUCCCUGACACAACAAUAAUGUUGGGCAUCGGUCUACUGAGUAUCAACGAGACUGGCCAGUCUCUCCUUCAUAAGCAAGGCUUGCAGAUGAUGCGAGCAUAAACUGAUGUUUCACAGAAGCACCUCUAAUCCCUUCUUUCCAACCGCCAAUGUGCAGUCUGGGGAUGAACGAUUGUUUGACUGUUGUGGUCUAAUGUCAAAAGCUGUGCCAACUGUGAAUCUAACCAGAUAGUGUCUGAGUACAAGAACCUGUGUACAGAUAAGAGUACUGGAGUGAACUUUAAAUUCUGGAGGGUAUCACUGUUCUUCAGGCUUGCUGUAUUGUCUGCUGCUGUAUACUUUGCGAGUGGUAGCUUUGUACCAAGAAAUAGAUGUGCUCUGAUAGACUUAACGAGUGAAGGACGGAUGUGGGAGCCCAGAGAUGACGGGACUGGAUGUAAGUCAUGGGAUACAGUGUGCCUGUAUUAGUAGCCUCGUUCUCCACUUCUUCAAUGACCCUGCUUCUUAUAUUCAAACUUCCUCUUCUACAAUUCAUGUUCGUACUAAAAUGGAGAGACAGUGAAGUCAUGGUCACUAAGCCAAUCCUAUUCCCCAUUGACAUGGAAUUUCAUCAAACUGUCAAAUUUGUAAAACCAGGAAAAAGAUGUGACUACUGCUAAAAGCCCACCUGGCCAACACAACAUCCACUGGAUCUCCACCCUAUGCACCAAUUCAACAAGCAGAUGGGAACACGGAACAAGUGGCAGUGGCUCCAGUUUACACUGGUCACCUGUUGGACAAUCAGAGCUGCACAGUGUAUCCUCAUUCUCAGCCACUUGUAUUACUGGUUGGCUUCAAUGGCACUCUGUUAAGACCUGGAGCCGUGGGGAUCCUAUGUUAACUUCUAUCUUUAUGUUCUUAUUCCAGACAUUCCUUUAAUUUUGUUGUCAUGUUGCUUGCUGAGGAAGGGAAGCAAGCAGUUGGAAUAAUAUUCUGUUGCCAUAUAUACACCUCCAUUAUUCCCCAUGACCUACCGACCAAGAUUAAACGAGAGCUGGCAAAUGAUGCCAGAAUGACUCACACUUUGGGACUGGGAAUGUGAAUGGCAACUCAAUUGGAUCAACUUGACAAUGACAUGGUGUUGACACUGGAAACAUGACCACCAUUAAGGCAGCCCGAUGCCUGAUGCCCUAAAGUAACACGGAGACAAAAAUGCCUCUGAGCUCUAGUAUAGCAUAAUCACAGAUGGGAUUGGGGAAGGGUUCUCUUGGUCUGUACCCCUUGCUAAGUUGUAUUUUGUAAUUGUGUUAGACUGAUCAGAGUCAAUCUCCGUCAAUAUAUUUACAAUAAUACUAUUAUUAGUAUGUCCAUCCCAGGUGUGUAACCAGGGCUGAAGAAUAGUCAUGCGUCAGCAGAAAUGCCAGUGAUGGAGAGAUGGCAUCUGACGUGUCUUUACUUCAGGGCUCGGUGUGCCAAGAGCAGUGGGCAAUUAUUGUUAAUGUUGCCCCAGAUGUGUGUAUCUGACUGGAAAUUGCGAUCCAACAAUGAUCCAUCAAGGCACAUUUCCCUUGGGGAUGUUAUGAUCAAGUAUUGCCAUUCCAGAUGAGCAGUUGGCUGGGAUUCACAUGGAAGACUCAGUAAUUAAGGGCCCUAUUGUCCCACAUUGGCUGAAAUCCAACAACAUAUUCCAUCACCUGCCAUCUGGGUGCUUCUCUGUAAAUCUGAUUCUGAUUCAAAGCAGGAAAGUUAAAGAAAGUUUUGCAAAAAUAUGAAAUGUCAAGAAGUGCUUUGCAUCGCAGGCAUUCGGCUGAUUCAACCCACGGGUCAACUAAACGUGGAUAACAAAGCUGUUCAGGUUUUUGCUGAUCAGAUGGACAAUGGAAAGCUGUAGAGAAGGGGGCUUCACAGUGUCAUGGCACUUACUAAUCAAUAAACAACUGUGUUCAAAAGAGAGAGUCACUGCCCACUAACUCCAUUCUAUUUAUCUUCAUUGCUGUAAACAAAUCUCACAUCUACAACUAAAGCAAAUCUCCGUGAAUCACAUGGUUAGUGGGGCAUUAGUACGGGUGUCAGGGGUUAUGGGGAGAAGGCAUUAGUACGGGUGUCAGGGGUUAUGGGGAGAAGGCAUUGGUACGGGUGUCAGGGGUUAUGGAGAGAAGGCAGGAGAAUGGGAUUGAGAGGGUAAAAUAGAUCAGCCACGAUUGAAUGGUGGAGUAGACUUGAUGGGCCGAAUGGUUUAAUUCUGCUCCUAAGAAUUAUGAACAUGAACAUCCCAUCUGCAUGAGGAGAUUGUGGGAAAAGGAAUGUACAUUCACUGUUCACAUGGCCAGCAAGCUUGUUAGUGGAUGACCUCUAUUACAUCCAAGACAUUCAAAUAUCAUGGUCUAAUGAACCACAUGAGGUCAUUGUCCCAUGAGGGGGGGGGGGGGGAGUGAUCUGGAACUAUGUUGUGCAGAGUUCAAACAUGAGAUGACCCGAUUCUCAAGUUUAAAAGGGUAAAUUGCAGGAACAUCAUGCUGCACCUGCUGAAUUUCUCCAGCACUUUUGUCUGCCUUCGAUUUUCCAGCAUCUGCAGUUCCUUCUUAAACAGGAACAUCAUCCCCUUGGCUGGGGAGAUUAAAACCAGCCAGACUGACUCAGAAUAAGGAAGCAGCUGUGCCUGGGACAUAGAUAAAUAGAUGUUUCUUCACCCACAAGAUAUCAAAUCAAGAGUGUUUUAUUGCUAUGUGUUCCAGUCAGAACAAUGAAAUCCUUACUUGCAGCAGCACAACAGAAUAUGUAAACAUUGUACUCUGUAAACAAUAUAACGAACAAGAAAAAAGAUUGUGUGUGUAUAUAUAGUUGUAUGCAUACUUACGCAUACACAUACAACCCUUUUUUUCCUGUUUAUUCUACACACAAACACACACACAUAAAAACAACCUAACAACCAAUAAUAGUACAAAAUGACAAAACCAAUGCCCCCAAGUCUAUGUAGUUCAGAGCUUAUUUGGAGGUUGUAGUGUUUAAUGACCUGAUGGCUAUAGGGAAGAAGCUGUCCCUGAACGUGGACGCUACAGUUUUCGGGCUCCUGUAUCUUCCACCCGCUGGCAGGGGUGAAAUGAGAGUGUGACCGGGGUGGUGUGGGCCUCUGAUGAUGCUGGCUGCCUUUCUGAGCCAUGGUGGGGAGGUGAGAACCUGUGAUGGACUGGGCAACGUUCACCACUUUUUGCCUUAUUCUUCACUCCUGGGCGUUUGAGUCGCUGAACCAGAAGAAUCCGAAUUCUCAGUCACUUCGCAGGCAUUGGCGUUUACAUAAUAAGGAAUCCAGGGAGAUGGUAAUAGUAUAGGAAGACAGAUGAGCCAUGAUCUUAUUGCAAGGCAGUAUUGGCUCAGAUGACCAAAUGGUACACGGGUGGAAAUAUUUGUUAUGUUCUUAUUAUAACAUGAAAGCAUUGUAUAAUCGCUGGAACCUAUAGCGCAUUCCCACCUCCUCCUCCCAAUACUGCACCUCACAACCAACCACAUGUAGGCAGUAGGUAUAUUUCUACCAUUACCCCAAUCCCCUCUCGCCCGACAAUGUACUUGUCUCCUUUACCACACACCUUUUUGAACAAACGUUUGAUUUCCCCAUCCGACAUCUCCCUUUCCCAAAGUCCAUUUAAUCUGAUUCUGCCUCUGUGAAGCACCAUGAGACAUUUUUCUAUGUUAAAGGCUCUAUAUACUUGCAAGUUGUUGAUAAUGAUUUAUGUGAGUGAAUUAUAAAGUCAUAUGUGGGCAUGAGACCAUUUUUACCAUUAUUAUCGGGCAAACAGUGGCCAUGUCAAAUAAAGUCAUUCGGUUUCUCUUCACUGUCACACUGAACUUCCGAACUCUUUAUUUCCCUGUCUCCUUCGCUCUCUCUAGCUGCCUCCUUCUCCAUUUCUCUCUUUGAAAGUAAGGAUACUGUUGAGGUCUGAUGCUACCAUUCAGACCAAAGGGAUGUCGGGUGCCAAGGUGAUAACAGAGAGGCCCUUGUUUGAAAGAUACUGAAAAUCUGAAACAAAACUACUGAAUUUCUUAGUAUCCAUGUAUUGAAGUGAAUGUUAUGGGGAUGGAAGCCAUGUAUUACCCAUGUCGAAUUGCCCUUGAUAAGAUGGUGGAGCAGCUACCUUGAAGUGCUCCAGCCCCUCUGGUGAAGGUGCUCCCUCAGUGCUGUUGGGUGGAACGUUCCUGAACCCAGGGCAGUAGCAAUGAUAUAUGGUACAAGUCAGGGCAAUGUGUGACUUGCAGGGAAGCUGGUGUUCCCAGGUAUUCCUAGAGUUCUCUGGUGCUUCCUGUCAUUGUCUGGACCAAAGGCCUAGUGGUACAAGUUCAGAUCCCAUCAAGUCAACUGGGGAAUUUAAAUUCAAGUUAAUUAUAUCAGCUGAUUAAUGUUUUUAACCAAUGGCCUGGAUGUUGUCUUCAAGUUCAGGAGAUCAAGGUGAGUGAGGAGGUCUCACACUUGCUUGCAGUUUUUGCUGGCCACCAAGUGGAGCAGCGGCAGAGUUGCUGCCUUACAGCGCCUGAGAUCCAGGUUCGAUCCUGACCAUGGGUGCUGUAUGUAUGGAGUUUGUACGUUCUCCCCAUGACCUUGCAGACUCGGUAGGCCGAAGGGCCUGUUUCGGCAAUGUAUCCCUAAAUUAAACUAAACCUCAACACAGGAGCAGAACUUUGUUCAAUUCAAUUAGGAACACUUGGAUGGACCGAGAUAAGUUUUUGUUUCAUGUUUAUUUAAUAAUUUCUUUCUUGGGAGGUCCUUAUUUUGCCAGACUCUCCUCCUGUAAUUGCUCCACCACCUGCUUGUCCACAAGCCCCUGAUAACUUGGAGGGUGUCACUACAGCAAACAGAGCUGGUUUAGAGCAAAGAGCUAAUUCUGUCAGAUUUGCACUGGAUUAGCAUUGUGUUAACUUGUAAAUCAAUACAAACUCAAAUCAUUCACCAUUCGCCUCAACAUCCAAGCCAUUGCUGUUGAUAAUGGUGAAUAUGCAAUUGUUGCUGAACUGUCUAACCAAUGUUCUCCAAGGACGGGAAGCACUGGUAUAGAACACAAAGUGCUGGAGUAACUUAGUCAGCAUCUCAUAGAAUCACAGUCAUCGAAUCAUACGGCGUGGAAGCAGGCCCUUCAGCCCAACAUGCCCACGCCAACCAACAUGCCCAUACCAACCAACAUAUCCGAUUUACACUGGUCUCACCUGCCUGCUCUUGGCCCAUAUUUCCCAUCUCUGGAGGACAUGGAUAGAGGACGUUUCAGGUCAGGACCAUCUUCAGGACCCAUUUCUGGACCUUGCCUUCUGUCACCUAGACAUUGAGUCCAGGCACACUGCAGAUUCGUUGCUCAUUCCCUCUGGAAAGUUCUGGAAAGCUCACUCUUGCACCAAGCAUUUUUUAUCUCAGAGUUUAGAAUUUAGAGAUACAGCAUGGAAACAGGCUCUAGCACCCACCGAGACCCCACCCACCAGCACACUGACACUAUCCUACACACACUAGGGACAAUUUACAAUUAUACCAAGCCAAUUAGUCUACAAACCUGUACAUCUUUGGAUCGUGGGAGGAAACCGAAAAUCUUGGAGAAAACACACGCAGGUCACGGGAAGAACGUACAAACUCCGUACAGACACCACCUGUAGUCGGGAUCAAAUCCGGGUCUCUGGCACUCUAAGGUAGCAACUCUACCGCUGUGCCACCUUGCCACCCAAGAUAUCUCAAGAUAUAAAUUUGGUCAUAUAUUUGACAGGGCAUUCAGAUCACCUGCAAAAUGCUUCCAGCCCUUUAUUUUCUUACUUCUGAAGAUGUACAGAUGGGAGAUGAAGCACCCCAGGACAUUCCUUGCUGAGCAUCCAGGAGAUGACAAACUAACUCACUGAAGAUCAAUCUCACCAUUGUGUCUGGAGUGUGUACUGGACACCAGGAAUGCUGCUACUUAUGUUUGGCAAAUCUUUCUGAUUUUGACGAUUUUGUAUCUUAUUAGUUGUGACUUGCACGAUCUUGUUUGAUCACAUUGAAAUUCUUUGUCUCUCUCCCUUUCUGGAUUCUAUUUAACAAUGAUUUGCUCUGAGCAAAAUGACCAGAAGAGUCAAGUUUCAGGUUUCAUUGCCACAGAAGAUCAUGGAGGCCAUGUCAAUGGAUAUUUUUAAGGAGAUUGAUCGGUUCUUGAUUAGUACGGGUGUCAAGGGUUAUGGGGUGAAGGCAGGAGAAUGGGAUUGAGAGGGAAAGAUAGAUCAGCCAUAAUUGAAUGAUGGAGUAGACAUGAUGGGCCGAAUGGCCUAAUUCUGCCGCUAGAACUUCCUUCCCCCACUAAAGGACAAAAAGGAAAAUAAAAACUACAUUUAUUUAAUCAAGAAAGAAAUACAGGAUCACAAGUGAUAUCACACAGGCCAUUAGACUGCAAAGGCAGCAUUCACUGGCACUGUUCUAAAUUAUAUCUCAUCCCUCACAUAAUAAAGUUUUACUGUUGUAGAAUAAAUGUGAUUUAGGGCCGAUCGGAGAAGGCAGAUGGGUCCCGGCAAUUUCCGUCUCAAAACUGAUGGGCUUUUAUUGGAGAAUCUAGGAGAGCUGACUUAACAGUGUGUGUGUUGUGUAGAUAGAUCAAUGUCGUGAUGCAGCUGGACUUUAUUGGUCAAGGUUACUUGCAGAACAGCAAAGGCCACAGCAAACCGCCGGCUUUAAGAUGUGCAACUCGAGGGAGAAAUGUCGCCAUUUGAAGUGGAUCAGAAUUAAAGAAUGAUCUCUCCUUUAUAAAGCAAAUUACUUCAAAAAUAAAAGUGGCGCUUUGCUAAUCGUACCAGAUAUUUAGACCCAUGUUGAUUUGACCCGUCAGAUUUUUAGUCCAUUGCUGAUGCACAUUAAAAGUAAUAACAUGAAUAAAUCCCCCUGAACGCAUUCCCUGACUGCAUUUCACAUUUAGUUUAAGUUUAGUUUAGGGGUACAAUGCAGAAACAGGCCAUUCUGCCCACCGAUACCACUCCGCCCAACAAUCCCUGCACACUAACAAUAUCCUCCACACACCAGGGACAAUUUACAAUUUUACCAAAGCCAAUUAACCUACAAACGUGUACAUCACUGGAGUGUGGGAGGAAACCGGAGCUCCCGGUGAAAACACACAAAGAUCAUGGAGAGAGCAUACAAACUACAUACAGACAGCACCCAUGGUCAGGAACAAACCCAGGUCCGUAAGGCAGCAACUCUACUGCUGCGCCACCGUACCACCCUUAGUUAUAUGUUUGGGCAUUUUAGCUCCUCAAGCCAAGUGGGCAUAUGGAACGAGCUGCCAGAGAAGGUAGUUGAGGCAGGCACUGUAACAGCAUUUACCACAUAGGACAGUGCAAGAACAGGCCCUUGGGCCCACAAUGUCUGUGCCAAACAUGGUGCCAAGACCAUCACUUAGCUGCAUACACAAUACCAAUAUUCCUCAUUCCCAGCACACCAAAGAUUUCAAAAUACCAAUAACGUUUCUGCUUCAACCCACCACCAUGCGGCAGCAUGUUCCAGGCAUUCACCACACAAUGUGUACACCUCAUUUUGCCCCUCCCACCUUAAAGCUAUGUCGUCCAAUCUAAUAAACACUUGAACAGGUACAUAAAUAGGAAAAGUUUAGAGGGAUAUGGGUCAAUAGUGGGCAAAUGUGACAAGCUUAGAU